GUCCUCUCGGAGGACGACUACAACAUCAACCUGGCGCUGGCAGUGGAGAUCUGCUCGUCGGACGACGAUCCGCUGGCGGAGAGCAGCAUGCGAGACGCAGCAACCGACGCGCUGGCGGAGAGCAGCACGCGAGACGCAGCCGACACGCUGCCUGAGAGCAGCAUGCGAGACGCAGCCGACACGCUUCCUGAGCCAGAGGCCCCAGUCUUCGAGAAUGGCCAGAACAGCAGCUUCAAGGAGCCAGAGACCCCAGUCUUCGAGAAAGGCCGCAUUCCCACGCCGUUGCGCGUCCCGAACGUCGACGAGCUGCUGGCCGCGGCGAAGUUGAAGCCAGGCGCGUGCGUCGAGCCCGACGCCGUGGACGGCAUCCCGAAGGUCGCCAAGGCCAACGCCAAGGCGCAGCCCGCGCCGCAGGUCUUCGACAACAUCCCGAAGGUCGCCAUGGCCAAGGCGGAGCCCGUCGCGCCGCAGGUCUUCGAUAGCAUCCCGAAGGUCGCCAUGGCCAAGGCGGGGCCCGCGCCGCAGGUCUUCGAUGGCAUCCCGAAGGUCGCCAUGGCCAAGGCGGAGCCUGUGCCGCAGGUCUUCGACAGCACCCCGAUCGCCAAGGCCAAGCCGCCGCCCUGCGACGGCACCCCGGAGAUCGCCAAGCCCAAGCGGCCGCCUUCCGACGGCAUCCCGAAGAUCGCCAAGGCCAAGCCGCCGCCUUCCGACGGCAUCCCGAAGAUCGCCAAGGCCAAGCCGCCACCGGCCAAGGCCAAGGCUGCCAAGGCAGCGGGGGGCGCGACGGCUGCUCUGACGGAGGCGAAGGCCGCUCACAUGGCCAAGCUCGGGCAGACAUCAGCGCUGAGGGCUGCGGCCAGGUACGACAUCGACAAGUGGAACGCUGAGUGGGCUCACGUCAUUGCCAAGAUGCCAGAGGAAGCCAAACCCAAGGGCCCGCACGGUCAGUUCUCGUGGACGGCUCACACUACAGUUGGCCCGCUUCACAAGCAGUGCAGCAUCGAGGCGAUCUUGCGCAACAAGGGCUGGCGCGUGGCGAAGCCCAAGAUGACCAAGGAGGAAGAGCCGCUCACCCCGUGGAACGACGACAUUGCCAACGCUUGGGAGGUCACCAAGCAGAAGGCCGAGAAGAAGCUUUACGAGGUUGCUGACUAG